UUGCCACACGAACCACAUGUAGAAGAUUUUGCGCAUUUUCAUGUGCGUCUAUCGUUCAACCUGCCAGAUUGCAAAAGCCGUCUGGAUCCGAAUACGAAGUAGGUACAGUUUUGUACAAGUAGAACAUAACAUACGUGUGGUUAGAGCAGUUGCCUUUUUGUCACACGAAUACAUUUACCAGGACCACGACAGGUGGACAUUUGUGUAUCCGACUCUUUGCCCAAGUUUGCUGUAUCCCUCAAACAGCUGUGUUUGCGAUCGAAGUAAAGCCUAUAAAUGAUUUCCUAGUUCUAUAUUAUCUCUGGCGACGAUCAACGUCAAUUAAUUAUUCUCAAUAGUAUUGACAGAUUGACUUUUGAAAACAAAACAAAAUGAUUCAAAUCAGGAAAAUGCCAGUAUUGUGCCUACUUUUGUUGCUCAUCAAUCUGAUGACUACUCAAACACAAGGGCUAGCUGUUAUGAGUGUUGACUUAGGAAGUGAAUGGAUGAAAAUUGCUAUAGUCUCACCUGGUGUACCAAUGGAAAUAGCACUGAACAAAGAAUCAAAAAGAAAAACUCCAGUAACAAUAUCAUUCCGAGAUGGUGAACGUACAUUUGGUGAAGAUGCCCAAGUUGUGGGUACACGCUUCCCAAAAAAUAGUUUUUCUUAUAUUUUAGAUCUUAUUGGAAAAUCUAUUGAUAAUCCAAUGGUUCAACUAUUUCAAAAACGUUUUCCUUACUACAAUAUUGAAGCUGACUCUGAGAGAAAUACUAUACUGUUCCGUAUUGAUGACGAAACAACAUAUACCCCAGAAGAACUUCUUGCUCAACUAUUAUACAAAGCUAAAGAAUUUGCUCAAAUUUCUGCUGGACAAAAGAUAAAAGAGGCAGUUAUAACUGUUCCAGGAUUCUUUAACCAAGCUGAACGGCAAGCUCUUCUUCAAGCAGCUGAAUUAGCCAAUAUUAAGGUUCUACAACUGAUAAAUGAUUAUUCAGCUGUAGCUCUUAACUAUGGUAUUUUUAGGAGCAAAGAAAUUAAUGACUCAGCUCAUUAUGUUAUGUUUUAUGACAUGGGUGCUAGCAGUACUACUGCCACUAUCGUUGGGUAUCAAAAUGUAAAAUCAAAGGAUAGAGGAUUUCUUGAAACACAUCCCCAAGUUAGUAUUUUAGGAGUUGGAUACGAUAGAACACUUGGUGGAUUAGAAAUGCAAAUAAGAUUGAGAGAUUACUUGGCCAAGGAAUUUGAUGCAAUGAAAAAAACACCCAAUUCAGUGUUCAAUAAUCCUCGAGCUAUGGCUAAACUUUUCAAAGAAGCUGGACGAGUAAAGAAUGUUUUGAGUGCUAAUGCAGAGCAUUAUGCUCAGAUUGAAGGUCUUUUGGAUGAAAAGGAUUUCAAAUUGUUGGUAUCUAGAGAAAAAUUAGAAGAAAUUUGUUUUGAUCUGUUUGAGCGAGUUGCUAACCCAGUUAAAACUGCUCUUGAAACUUCAGCUCUGACAAUGGAUAUUAUUUCUCAAGUUGUAUUAGUUGGCGCUGGUACUCGUGUGCCAAAAGUUCAAGAGAAGUUGGCUGCUUUUCUGAAAACAGAUUUGGCUAAAAAUAUUAAUGCUGAUGAAGCUGCAGCCCUUGGUGCAGUUUACAGAGCUGCAGAUCUAAGUCAGGGUUUUAAAGUCAAGAAAUUUAUCACCAAAGAUGCAGUAUUAUUUCCCAUUCAAGUUUUGUUUGAUAGAGUAGCAGAGGAUAAAGUUAAACAGGUUCGAAGAACGUUGUUCAGUAAAAUGAAUGCUUAUCCACAAAAGAAAAUCAUUACUUUUAACAAACACACAACUGAUUUCACUUUUGAUAUUAAUUAUUCGGAUCUUGAUUACUUAUCUCCAGAGGAAGUAGCUGCAAUUGGUAACUUAAAUAUUUCUACUAUAUCAUUGUCUGGGGUAUCAGAAGCUUUAGCAAAACAUGAAAAAGAAUCAGCAGAAAGUAAAGGAAUCAAAGCUCAUUUUGCAAUGGAUGACAGUGGUGUACUGAAUUUGAUAAAUGUAGAACUUGUCUCAGAAAAAACUGUGAUUGCAGAGGAAGAUGGAAAGGAAGAAGAAGGUGCUUUCUCUAAACUUGGUUCGACAAUAAGCAAACUCUUUUCUGGUUCAGAAAAUGAAGAAAAAAUAAAGAUACCAUCACAAAAUGAAGAAAAAACUACUGAAGAAAAAAAUAAAAAAGAAACUGAUGAAAAAGUAAAGGAAUCAAACGAUACAAAACCAGUUGAAAAUGAAACUAAAAAUAAAACGGAAAAAGUAGUAAAAGAAAAACCUACUCAAAUUCUCCUCAAAGAGUCUAUUGAAGCUAAAGUAGAGAAAUUAGGAUCUCAAAAACUUUCCGAUGAUAAAUUCUCUGCUUCUAAGAGCAAGCUCAAAGCAUUGGAUACUUAUGAUAAAGAAAAAGCUAAACGAGAAAGUGCAUUGAAUAAUUUAGAAUCUUUUGUUAUUGAUAUGCAACAAAAACUUGAAACUGAUGAAUAUCAAAAAGCUGUUCAGUCAGAGGAAUCCGAGAAAAUUAGGAAAGCUUGCAGUGACGCCUCAGAAUGGCUUUAUGAAGAAGGUUUUGAUGCUUCAGCUGAUGUUUUUGAAGACAAAUUGAAAGAGUUGCAAAAACUAACUAAUGAUGUAAAUGAAAGAGUAUUUGAACAUAAAGAACGCCCCGAAGUUUUAAAGGGCAUGGUUUCUAUGUUGAAUGGAAGUAAAACUUUUCUGGUAAAUAUGAAAAAGUUAAAUGUAUCUUCUGAAAUCUUCACGUCGAUUGAAAUCGAGACUCUCGAAAAAGUCAUCAAUGAAACACAAGAAUAUCAUGAUCUCGUAGUAAAGGUGUCCAAAGAAACGAAACUUUACGAACCUGUGGUACAUAAAGUUCGUGAUAUUGCUAACAAAAUGGCAAUUCUUGAUCGUGAAGUAAAGUAUCUCGUUAAUAAGGCGAAAAUUUGGAGGCCCAAAGAAGAACCUGUAACUUCUACUAAAAACGAAACCGAAAACGCGAGUGACAGUAAAUCAACUGAUAGUGAUAAAGAGAAAACUGACUCAGAAACAGAGAAAUCAUCUGAAGAAAACGAGGCAAAAGAUGAAACUUUAGAACUACCUAUUUGGAAUGAUGAACCAAUUACGAAUGAGAAGACGCAAGACGCUGCAUCCAAUGACGAGCAUCAAGAACUUUAAAUAUUUAAAUUUUUUUCGUAAAAUUAAGACAUAUGUCAAGAAAUACGAAAAAAAUGAGAUUGUUGUUUUGAUCGGUUUAAAUUAUUUUUAAAUCGAUUUUAAAAUUGUUCGUCAAAUAUUGUAAUUAUGCGAGUGUGUGAAUGAAAUAGUUAAACAUAAGUAAUGUUCAAUCAUAAAUUAUUUUCUUUCCUGCACUUAAAAAAGAUGUACUUGAGAUACUCUAUAAUUUUUUAAUAUUUAAUGAUUUCAACAAGUACUGAAA